AUGGAAAAUAGUGCAAGAUAUUACUAUGAUGCAACAAAUGCCAAAUGGUGGUAUUUCGAAGUUCUAUCAAGAGCAUGGAUAACAUGUGAAGAAACUGGAGAUGAAGAAUUACCAACUAAUGAUACAGUAAUUGAAAAUAAUGUCACAAAAGAAUGCUCAAAAAAACUUACCCUUAAUAAAUCUCAAAAUUCAGUAGAAAAUAAAAAGAUAAAUUACAAAUCAUACCGUAGUCAUAAAUAUAUAGAUAGACUAACUGAAUUAAACACUAAUGAUGUACAAAAAGAGCAAUGUGAUGGCUCAAUAAAAAAAAAUAUCCAAAAAAUUAAUACUACUAGUAAUAGUGUUAAUGAUAAAACCGAACCGUUAAAUGAUUUGGACGAUUCGGUAAAUAUUCCAAAUAAUAAAGUGACUAAUGUAUUACACUUUUCUAAACAAGUUAUGAAACAUAUUCAAAAUAAGAACAAUAUAGAAUAUAGUGAAGAAUCAAUAAAAAAAAAUGAUGAUGAUGAUACACAAUAUUACAAUGAGAUUCAUAAUAUGGAAAAUAAUUAUGAUGAUAAAGAUGAAUAUUUGAUAGAUAAAAAUAAUAACACGGAUGAUCUAAAUUCGUAUGAUGAUAAAAAUCCUUUAAAAUGGGAAAAUGAAAAUAAUAAUUAUGAUAAAGACAAUACUUAUUAUGAUGAAGAAUGUAUGAAUUAUGAUGAAAGUGGCGAAUAUUAUUAUGAAAAUGAAGAUCCUUAUGAGGAAAAUGCUAACUCUCAGGUGUAUGAAAAUUAUGAUGAACGUGCCAAUUAUGGUGAAUAUGAAAACUAUGAGGAAUAUGGAAAUGAUGGAGAAACAGAUAUAUAUAAUGAAAAAGAAAAAGAUAAAGGGGAAGAUGAUAUAAAAAAUGAAAAGAAUGACGAGGAAGAAUAUAUAUAUAAUGAAAAAGAAAAAGAUAAAAGGGAAGAUGAUAUAAAAAAUGAAAAUAAUGACGAAGAAACAAACAAGAAUAAAAUGUAUAUAAAUGGGGAAAAUAAUUAUAAUAAAGAUCCCAUAAAUAUCGAACAAGAUGACAAUAUUAACAAUGAUAAUGUAUCAGACUUGAAUAAAUCUAAAAUUGAUAAUCAAAUACUUAAUGAUGAAAGUAUAAUACAAAAUGUGGAAUAUAAUAAAGAAAGCAAUGUUUCUAAUUCAUUCAGUUCGAAUUGUUCAAAAGAUUCUAAUGAGUUAAGUGAAAAAAUUAAUAGUCUAUUAAAAUAUUCUAGUAAUAAUUUUUCUAACAAUCACGAAGAUAGUUCUGUUAUAUUAGAAAAUUUAUUGUCUCGUAGCUAUACAAGAUCUGAUUAUUUAAAUUCAAUUAAUAUGAUCGAAAAAAAAAAUAAGAUCGAACACAAUGAUAGUUUACACAAAAGCAAUAGUAAAACAGAGGAUAUCAUAGAUGUGAUUAAUUCUGAUAAAAUAAAUGACAAUAAUAAUAGCAAUAUAGAAGAUGGGAUAAAGACGAAACAAAAUAGUUUCAGUGAAAAUAGUGAUCCGCUAUAUAAUGAUAACGAAAUAGACUGUAUUCCUUUUGUUAGAAGGGCCACAAGGAAACUUACUUUUAAAAACCAGGGAGGAUUAUCUGGAUGUUUAAAAUUAGUUCAUGAAAAAAAAAAAGAAUUAUUAUCUUCAGCACAAAAUGACGUAAAUGACAUGGAAAUUAAAAUUGCAAAUUUUAAAAGAAGAGCUAGAGAAUUGGCACAAAGAUAUAAAACAAAAAAUAAAUCCUCAAAUGAUCAGACAAAAUCAGCUUCUGAAAAAGUUCGAUUUGAAGAUAUUGUUUUUCAAGCCCAAAAACAAAAAAAAGAAUUACAAGAAAAAGGGAAACUUUAA